GAGAGAGAGAGAUGGUUCAUUUAAAAGCGCGUGAACGACAGAGGAAAGCGCUCGUGAACAGAGAGAAUCGAUCAGCUGACCUUCUGUCUUAUUAUUAUUAAUACACAUAAGCGUCACAUCCCGACUGGACUGUAUCUAUGUUGCUGUUCUUCCCAUGACAGAAAAAACAGGAUUAUUUUUGUUGUGAUAUUGAACCGAACUGCAUUUCAUAGAGUUUAGAGGACAGAUACUGUAGCACUAUGUCGCUUUACGUUGAAGGUCUGAGUAAAGAGUUAUUACCAAGCGACCUCUACGGGAUGGCUCAGUUUCAGGAAGUAAUGCGACAGCAGCUGGAGAGCUCUAUGCAUGUUGAGCUGGAGAAACUCUUAAGCACGGUCAAAGGUCCAGAUGCUGAGGUGUCUAAGAAGGACUUUGAAGGCUUUAGGAAGAUAUUCCACCGAUUUCUGCAGGUGAAGGGACCUUCAGUAGAGUGGCCAAAAAUCAACAGGCCCCCUGAGGACUCGAUCCAGCCAUACGAUAAGAUUAAGGUGAAGGGUAUACCAGACAACAUAGCGGACAGUCUGAAUAAGCUGGUGGUUGUGAAGCUGAAUGGAGGACUGGGAACCAGCAUGGGCUGCAAAGGGCCCAAGAGCCUGAUUAGUGUCCGUAACGAGAAUACCUUCCUGGAUCUGACCGUCCAACAGAUCGAGCACUUGAAUAAAAAAUAUAACGCUGAUGUUCCACUGGUGCUAAUGAACUCUUUCAAUACGGAUGAAGACACCAAGAAGAUCUUACAGAAAUACACGCACCACAGGGUCAAGAUACACACUUUCAACCAGAGCAGGUAUCCACGGAUAAAUAAGGAGUCUUUGUUGCCGGUCGCUACGGACAUGGGUAUGACAGGAGAGAAUGCAGAUGUGUGGUAUCCACCUGGUCAUGGUGACAUUUAUGCCAGCUUUUAUAACUCUGGUCUGUUGGAGCAGCUCAUCGCUGAAGGAAAGGAGUAUAUUUUUGUCUCCAACAUCGAUAACCUGGGCGCAACUGUAGACUUGUGUAUAUUGAAUCACCUGGUGAGCCAGCCAAAUGGCAAACGCUGUGAGUUUAUCAUGGAGGUCACAGACAAGACCAGAGCAGAUGUGAAGGGAGGUACGCUCAUUCAGUAUGAUGGUAAGCUUCGGUUACUGGAGAUCGCCCAGGUUCCCAAGGCUCAUGUUGAUGAAUUCAAAUCAGUGACCAAGUUUAAGAUCUUCAACACCAACAACCUGUGGAUCUCCCUAUCUGCCAUACAGAGACUACAGGAACAGAAUGCCAUGGACAUGGAAAUCAUAGUAAACCCUAAGACUAUAGACGGGGGUCUGAAUGUCAUUCAGCUAGAGACUGCCGUGGGUGCAGCCAUCAAGUGCUUUGAUAAUGCCUUGGGCAUUAACGUGCCUCGCAGCCGCUUCCUGCCUGUCAAAACCACAUCUGACCUCCUACUGGUUAUGUCCAAUCUGUACAGCCUGGAGGCAGGAUCUCUGACCAUGAGCAAGAGGCGCGAGUUUCCCACAACUCCUCACGUCAAACUAGGCAGCUCUUUUACCAAGGUUCAGGAAUAUAUCUCACGAUUCGAGAGCAUUCCAGACAUGCUAGAGCUGGAUCACCUGACCGUGUCUGGUGAUGUGACCUUCGGAAAGCAAGUCUCACUGAAGGGAACAGUCAUUAUCAUAGCCAACCAUGGAGACCGAAUCGACAUUCCGGCUGGCUCUAUGCUGGAAAACAAAAUAGUGUCCGGAAACCUUCGGAUCCUGGACCACUGAAGCCUUUGUGUCAUGUGACCUGGAUGCAGAAUCACGCGACUGAUCCACACCUGCCACUGUCCUCAUCAUUAUAACCAACCACGGAGACAGAAUCAACAUUCCGGCCAGUUCCAUGAUGGAAAAUAAAAGACAGCACUUCUGUGCCGUGACCCGGAUGCCAAAUCACAUAACCAACCCACACCUGCCACUCUCAGAGCCUCCAUCAAUGGUGUUGAACACAGCACACAGCGCCACAGACACCAUACAACUUCCACAUCAUUCCAGAGACAUUUUGUUUUGUCUAGUUUUGUAGUAGUAUGUGUGUGUUUUUCCUUUAGUGGUUUUCAAAUUUAAUGUGUAACAAGUCUUUUUGAUUGUGUUUUGUUUUCGUUUUUUACUCUGAGAAUUCAGUAUGUCUCUUGUUGUAUCUAUGGCAUCGCAAACUGACCCUUCAGGGUCAGCGUCCUCUGUUCUGCUUGCUCGAAAAUGUGAAAUAAAGUGCAAAGCAAUAAGCGUUCUGCGACAGUGAAGGAUGAUGUUUCCAUCUUUGUGUUCUAGAAUCUGUUCUAGAUCCUGAAAGUUCUAUGGAACUAAAUAAAGUGCAAUAUGUAACAGAA